AUGAAGGACUCGCGUCCUCAGGGGCAGCUCCGUAUCCGUCUACACCCACCACGCCCGAAUGGCCGGCAUGCCAACAGUUCAUUAAUGAUCAAUGCGUUAAUUUACUUGUUUUUCUUGCUGGCCAUAACAAUACCACCAGCGGCGGCCGUAACGGCGCAGCUGCAGCAUGCCAAAAGCAAUUACCAUGACCCGGCAACGCAGGCGUUGGAAGGAUUAGCAGGAUACACACGAAAUUAUUAUGGCAUUGCGGCGCUACCGGGCGAGUCGCUAGUUGACGUUGAUAGUUCCAGUCUGGGACCGGGUCUUAACUUGGCAACGGCAACAUAUGCAAAUUAUGGUGGCCACACCAAUGGCGGACACCGCGGUGGUCUGGGCAGCUCAACCAGCGGCUUUGAGGAGGAGGAGAAGCAACUCUACCACAACAGGCCGCAUGAGCUCGAAUACGACGCUGGCGGCAUUGAUGGGAGCAGGCAGUCUAGCAAAAUCGAUUUUGUCAUUAAUACGGCAAAUUAUGAGAGCGAAGCUGGGGCCGAUGCUGGGGCCGUCGCCGCCUACGAUUAUGACGCGCUAAGGGCUCCCACUUAUGCGCCCGCCUACCCCAACCCAAAUCAUUUGCGUUCGUCGCUCCUGCCCGAUUAUCAUAUUGAACAAUUUUCCAAUUAUCGCCUGCUCGACGAGAAUCUAGAGCAGGAGCAGCGGGAACAGCAGCAACAGAAGCGAAGCGAGCGCGAAGAAAGUGCCGCUCUCUACUCGAACAUCAGGCAGCGGAAUGGUUUGGUUAGUCAUUCGCAGCGUGAGCAACCGGAGCCUGAGAGACUGCCACCGCAUUACUAUUCGCAAUCGGCGCAAGAUCAGCAACAUCUCUACUCGCACUACCAAGCCCAGCUUGCAGACAACAACAACAACAAGCUACCAGCCAUCACCACAAGUGUUCAUCAUACGCCGGAGAGCAGCAAAGCAAUUGCUGGCCAGCCCCUAGCCAAGCACAUCGAGAUCACAAAACACGUGCCGAUCACCCACUAUCAAAAGCAGCAUGUGCCCUACAAGCAAACGGUUCAGGUGCCCGUUCCGCGUAACGUCAUCACAACUGUUCCGCGACCGGUGCCCAUCAAAGUGCCGGUUACUAAAACGAUUGCCAUGCCCAUGCUUCAGGAGGUCAAAGUUCCUAUUGAGAAAGUGCGAACAGUGCCGGUGGAGCGGCCGGUGCCAUUUGUGGUGGAGCGCCGUGUACCCUAUCGCGUAGAGAAGCCCGUGGCCAUAUCCGUGCCCUACCCCUAUCCAAUUAAAGUGCCAGUUGUGCGCACGAUUGUGCACAAACAUUUGCCAGCCCACUCGUCGUUGCCGGCGCGUCCGCAUUUUGUGUGGCCAGGUGCUGGUCCAGCACAAGGAGUUGGCAUCGGGAGUGCCUGGAGCUCUGCCAAAAACCUGCUGGGCUGA